GGCGGAGGCAAGAGGUGGUUGAGGGGGACCAUGGCUGACGUUUUCCCGGCCAACGACUCCACGGCGUCUCAGGACGUGGCCAACCGCUUCGCCCGCAAAGGGGCGCUGAGGCAGAAGAACGUGCAUGAGGUGAAGGACCACAAAUUCAUCGCCCGCUUCUUCAAGCAGCCCACCUUCUGCAGCCACUGCACCGACUUCAUCUGGGGGUUUGGGAAACAAGGCUUCCAGUGCCAAGUUUGCUGUUUUGUGGUGCACAAGAGGUGCCAUGAGUUCGUUACUUUUUCUUGCCCGGGUGCGGAUAAGGGACCCGACACAGAUGACCCGAGGAGCAAGCACAAGUUUAAAAUCCACACUUAUGGAAGCCCCACCUUCUGUGAUCACUGUGGGUCAUUGCUAUAUGGACUUAUCCACCAAGGGAUGAAAUGUGACACCUGCGACAUGAAUGUUCACAAGCAGUGUGUAAUCAAUGUCCCCAGCCUCUGUGGAAUGGAUCACACAGAGAAGCGAGGGCGCAUCUACCUGAAGGCUGAAGUCACUGAUGAGAAGCUCCACGUCACAGUACGAGAUGCAAAAAAUCUAAUCCCUAUGGAUCCAAAUGGGCUUUCAGAUCCUUACGUGAAGCUGAAACUUAUUCCUGAUCCUAAAAAUGAAAGCAAACAGAAAACCAAAACCAUCCGCUCUACACUAAACCCUCAGUGGAAUGAGGCCUUCACGUUCAAAUUAAAGCCUUCAGACAAAGACCGACGACUGUCUGUAGAAAUCUGGGACUGGGAUCGAACAACAAGAAAUGACUUCAUGGGAUCCCUUUCCUUUGGAGUUUCAGAGCUGAUGAAGAUGCCGGCCAGUGGAUGGUACAAGUUGCUUAACCAAGAAGAGGGUGAGUACUACAAUGUACCCAUUCCAGAAGGGGAUGAAGAAGGAAACGUGGAGCUCAGGCAGAAAUUUGAGAAAGCCAAGCUCGGCCCCGCUGGGAACAAAGUAAUCAGUCCUUCAGAAGACAGGAAACCUUCCAACAGCCUCGACCGAGUGAAACUCACUGACUUCAAUUUCCUCAUGGUCCUGGGGAAAGGGAGUUUUGGAAAGGUGAUGCUUGCUGACAGGAAAGGCACAGAAGAGCUGUACGCUAUCAAGAUCCUCAAGAAGGACGUGGUGAUCCAGGAUGACGACGUGGAGUGCACCAUGGUAGAGAAGAGAGUUCUGGCCCUCCUUGACAAACCUCCAUUCCUGACACAGCUCCACUCCUGCUUCCAGACAGUGGAUCGACUGUACUUCGUCAUGGAAUAUGUCAACGGUGGGGACCUCAUGUACCACAUUCAGCAAGUCGGAAAAUUUAAGGAGCCACAAGCAGUAUUCUAUGCAGCAGAGAUUUCCAUUGGAUUGUUCUUUCUUCAUAAAAGGGGAAUCAUUUAUAGAGAUCUAAAAUUAGAUAAUGUCAUGCUGGAUUCAGAAGGACAUAUCAAGAUUGCAGACUUUGGGAUGUGUAAGGAGCACAUGAUGGAUGGCGUCACAACCAGGACCUUCUGUGGGACUCCAGAUUACAUCGCCCCAGAGAUAAUCGCUUAUCAGCCGUAUGGGAAAUCCGUGGACUGGUGGGCGUAUGGCGUCCUGUUAUACGAAAUGCUAGCUGGCCAGGUAAUGUUUCACUGCAAUUUUAUGUUUGUUUAUUGCUGUAUAAUGUGACUACUUUCACUCCAUUUGGGCAGUGGUAGCAGGACCUGACAGUGUGGUAUAGCUGAUGCUCGUCUGACUUUCCUGAGCCAAGUGAAAAAGGGGAAAACUCCCCCUUAAGAGUGGAUUGUAUUCAGUACGCUCAGAAAUUAUUUUCUACUCAUAAAAACCCCAAAUUGAGAAACACAAGCUACAGCGUAGACAAUGUAGCUGUCACGUUAUCUACAUUAAGCACAAAAGUGCCCUGCACGUUGACGACCACAGUGGCCUCCGUAAGUUUUCGGUAUCUCCAAACUGGGUUUGGUUAGGGUUCCCUGCAAGUUGCUCUGCAAAAAGAUACCCCGGCUACUGCCCAUGUGUCUAAUCAGUAUAAUUUUUUAAGAGAGAAGACAGUUUGAUUUGAAGAAGUGUCUUAAUAGCUUCUUCCCACCUCCUUCUAUCUCACCCUUGGCAGCUCACUGUAAUUUUCCCAAAAGUCUAGUGAGGUUGAACUUCCAGUUGAGGAAAAGCAAAUUAGGUUUCUCUGAAGAGUGGGACAUAUAUCAGAUAACUAAGUGCUGCCUAACGUGGUCCUUUCUUGGUCAAGUGAUUACUUAUAUAAUGCCCUUAAUAUCUGUACCACCAGGACAAGUCACACUAGCUACUGUAACAGCUAGUUCUCCAUAGCUUAACCCACAACACAGGUUUAUUCCACAGUCAGCAGUGUGGGGGGGUGAGGGACAGGACAUUGAUCCAUAUGGUCAUUCGAGGACCAGGCGUCUUCCUGCCCUUGAAUCCACUAUCUUUGAGAGCCUCAGAUUCCUCCACUGAAUUCUCCUUAUUCAGC